UUUAAUUGUAAAAUUUACCAUGAUAAAGUUAGUAAUUUUAUUAUCACUCUUUGCCUGUGCACUGGGAGGAGAUUUGCCUGAUGGCUUAUUGCCACAACUCGAUGGACGUAUUGUUGGUGGUCAAGCAGGAUCAAUAAGUUCUUAUCCAUGGCAAAUCUCAUUGCAACGCUCAGGAUCACAUUCAUGCGGUGGCUCUAUAUAUAAUGCUAAGAUAAUUGUCACUGCUGCUCACUGCUUGCAAAAUGUUGCUGCCUCCUCAUUACAAAUUAGAGCUGGUUCUACAUACUGGAAUAGUGGUGGUGUUGUCGUUAAAGUAGCUGCUUUUAAGAAUCAUGAAGGUUAUAAUCCAAGCACUAUGAUUAAUGAUAUUGCCGUAAUACGUUUAAGCUCUUCACUACCAUUGGGUACUAAUAUUAAGGCAAUAUCCUUGGCCACCUACGAUCCAGUAAAUGGCGCCUCUGCUGUUGUUUCUGGUUGGGGUACACUAUCUUACGGAUCUUCAAGCAUUCCAGCAACCUUGCAAUAUGUUAAUGUAAAUAUUGUAAGUCGCACACAAUGCGCAUCUUCGUCUUAUGGUUAUGGUUCAUCUGUAAAAGCAACUAUGAUUUGCGCUGCAGCCAGUGGUAAAGAUGCUUGCCAAGGAGAUUCUGGUGGUCCAUUAGUAUCUGGUGGUGCACUUGUUGGAGUUGUUUCUUGGGGUUAUGGCUGUGCAUAUGCAAGUUAUCCAGGUGUUUAUUCCAAUGUUGCUGAGCUACGUACUUGGGUCAUUAGUAAUGCUAAUAUUAUCUAAUAUUGUUUGCAGUUAAAAAGAAAAUAAAAGAACAUUUAAGAAAUAAA